CUACAGUUAAAAGGUCAGACGAAGAAGAAGUGUUGCUAACAAUGGCAGCUUCCUCGGACUUCCAGAUGGAUCAUCUUCCCUCAGACCCGCUGCUGCACAUCUUAUCUUACCUGAGCUUUAGGGAUUUGGUCCAUUGCAGCUUUGUGAACAGAAGGCUGAACGAGUUGUCCAAACACAGCCCUCUGUGGAAAUCCCCAUGCUGCAAACACUGGCUGCUGACGGAUGCGGACCGGGUGCAGAGCAGCCUAUCCUGGUACUGCCUGUUUAAGCAGCACUACUUGGAUCUGGGCCGCUACAUCCAGUACUACGCAGUGCUGAAGAGAGCCUGGGAUCAGCUGAAGAGCUUCCUGCAGCAGCGGUGUCCACGCAUGAUCGCAUCACUCAAAGAGGGCGCCACAGAGGAGGAGCUGAACAACAUCGAGGCUCAGAUCGGCUGCAAGCUUCCAGAUGACUACCGCUGCUCAUAUCGCAUCCACAACGGCCAGAAGCUGGUGAUCCCAGGGCUGAUGGGCAGCAUGUCCCUGUCCAACCACUACCGGUCGGAGGUCCUGCUGGACGUGGAGACGGCAGCUGGGGGCUUCCAGCAGAGGAAGGGCGUGAGACGCUGCCUCCCGCUCACCUUCUGCUUCCACACCGGCCUCAGCCAGUACAUGGCCCUGGAGCCCACCGAGGGACGCAGGAUCUGCGAGAGCUUCUACCCCUGCCCCAAUCAGACGGCUCAGGAUCCAUCAGCCAUCGACAUGUUCAUCACAGGUUCCUGUUUCUUGGAGUGGUUCACAACCUACGUCAACAACGUGGUAACGGGAGAAUAUCCGAUCAUCAGAGACCAGAUCUUCAGGUAUGUGCAUGAGAAAGGUUGCGUGGCAACCACCGGUGACAUCACCGUUUCUGUUUCUACCUCCUUCCUGCCAGAGCUUUCGUCCGUCCACCCGCCUCACUUCUUCUUCACCUACCGCAUCAGAAUAGAAAUGUCCAGCAGCGCCUCACCUGAAGCUGCCUGUCAGCUGGACAGCCGCUACUGGAAGAUCACCACGUCCGACGGCAUCGUGGAUGAAGUUCAGGGGCCCGGCGUGGUCGGAGAGUUUCCAAUCAUGACGCCCGGAAAGGUGCACGAGUACGCCAGCUGCACCACCUUCUCCACCCCAUCGGAGUACAUGGAGGGUCACUACACCUUCCACAGACUGGCCAACAAAGAAGAAGUUUUCCAGGUGGCCAUCCCUCGCUUCCACAUGGUCUGCCCCCCCUACAGAGAGCCAGUGGGUCGACUGCAGAAGCCGUCCACCAGCUUCACGUCUCGCUACGAGGACGAGGACUUCUGCGACAAAGACGACGAGAAGGACGGAGACAACUUCGGCAACCUGAGAGGAAUCAACAUGGCCGCCCUGGAGGGGGCGUGGUGCCCCCGACACAUCUGACGUCUGUAGCACCAACCAGAGACAGAUGGCUUCUACCUCCAGAUGCCACCCUGAGCCGCAUCCGACUGCAGAGCUGCAGGAGGAGGUUUUUCUGUUGUUGAUAGCGUUCUUUCACAGCAGUGUUGCACAAACCGGGAAAAGGACUGGAUUCAGAUCAAACGAGUCGACAGGAGAGACAACUUCCAGGUUCCACGUAGAAAACGUUGACUAUAAAACUCUAAAACUGUGGGAUGAAUGUGGCGUUAAAGACAUUUUACCUGUGGCACAGAGAGCUCAGGUGGUGGGGAGCAUUUAAGCUCAGUCAUUGUCAUUGUAAUAAUUCUAAUUAGGUGGGCUUGGUUCUGGAGAACUGGGGUUUGAGUCCCUGGAGUGCCAACAGAGGUGAACCACUCUGGGCCCUUGAGUCUGACUCCUAACCCUCCACAACAUGGCAGCCCACCUCUCUGGGACUUUCUGAUCAGAUUUAUUAGAUUAAGUAAAAUAUAAACUGUCCAAUCACAGCUGAUGAGGUGGAGAAGCUGGUUUAACUGAUCUGUGGUAAGUUUUAAACUGCAGGUGUUGUUUAGGUAGUAAUCUGCCCCCUAGUGGACAAACCAGGUUCUACACGGAUCCACAAACCUAAAGGAAGAAGAUCCACCAGCCUGAGUCUGAGGUUCUCAUGAUGGAAACAUGUUGGAUUUUAUUUUUAUUCAUCACACUGACGGUGAACUGAGUCUGUAAGUCAGUAGAGAGCAGACAGGACGGGUUGACCGUCGUACAGA